AUGCAGGGUAGAUUCAAGGGAUCCAGCACUGCCAAGUUCGUGAAAAACCCGGGCAGUGGGCGAUCAAAUAAUGCUCAACAUACCAGUAUCAGUUCCACAGCCCAGCAGCUUAUAGAAACGCUAAAAAAAGACCAGAUAGAUGCUAAGAUGGGUUUUGAACGAUAUACGGCACCACAGUUUAGUGGGAACUUUACUAGCUGGCAAGAGCUGCCCGGAAGAGUCGGUUGGCUCGUCAACAUGCACCCAAUCAUGAUCUCCGAGGAAUCUGCGAACUCGAGCGGUUCUAAUUCUACCGGGUCCGGUGUUUCUGGUGUAGACUUUUACUUUCUAGAUGACGAGGGUGGAUCCUUCAAAAGUGUAAUCACUUUUGACCCAUAUUUUCUGGUGGCAUGUAGAGAUGAAUCGCGGGUCCACGAUGCAGAAGAGUUUUUGAAAAGACAUUUGGACCAUUGCGUGGGCAAAGUUGAAAUCGUGGUAAAAAAUGAUUUGUCUAUGGGUAGUCCACUCGCAGGUCUCAACAAAACUAUGCUGAAACUUACGUUUUCCAAUGUCAAUAACCUAUUUGAAGCCCGAAGGUGUCUGAGACCGAUUAUAUUGGAUAAUGAAAACAAUCUGCUACAAAGAUCAAUGUAUCAUGUAAACAGCGGUACGGUAGAAGAAACAAAAAUGCUUAUUUCCGACAUUCGGGAGUACGAUGUCCCCUUCCAUGUAAGAGUUGCGAUUGAUAAAGACAUUCGUGUGGGCAAAUGGUAUAAAGUAUCUUCUCGUGGCUUUUUCGAGAUAUCCGAGAAAGUUGCCUUUGCUGAUCCGGUCGUUCUAGCAUUUGAUAUCGAAACCACAAAAGCUCCAUUGAAGUUUCCUAUAGCUACCGUUGAUCAAAUUAUGAUGAUUUCUUACAUGAUUGAUGGCGAGGGUUUCCUGAUAACAAACAGAGAAAUCAUCUCAGAGGAUAUAGAAGAUUUCGAAUAUUCACCGCGACCAGAGUACCCAGGCUCAUUCACAAUCUUUAACGAAGCUGAUGAGCUGUCUCUUUUGGAGAGAUUUUUUGAGCAUAUAAGAGAUGCGCGUCCUACUGUAAUCUCUACUUUCAAUGGUGAUUUUUUUGAUUGGCCAUUCGUGGAAACAAGAGCUAAAAUCAACGGCCUGGACAUGUUCGAAGAAAUUGGUUUCGCUGCGGAUUCUGAGGGGGAGUACAAGUCGACUUACUGCGCGCAUAUGGACUGCUUUCGAUGGGUUAAGCGUGACUCAUAUCUACCACAAGGCUCACAAGGCUUAAAGGCCGUUACACAGGCUAAAUUGGGCUACAACCCCAUUGAAUUAGACCCAGAAUUGAUGACUCCGUACGCUUAUGAAAAGCCCCAACUUUUAUCGGAAUAUUCGGUCUCUGAUGCUGUGGCUACCUACUACUUGUACAUGAAAUAUGUUCAUCCUUUCAUCUUCUCGCUCUGCACCAUCAUUCCAUUAAAUCCAGACGAGGUUCUUCGUAAAGGCACAGGUACCUUAUGCGAAAUGCUUUUGACAGUACAGGCCUAUAAAGCUGAUAUUUUACUGCCGAAUAAGCACACAGACCCUAUUGAAAGGUUUUACGAUGGCCACUUACUCGAAUCAGAAACUUAUGUUGGUGGCCAUGUAGAAUCUCUGGAAGCAGGCGUAUUUAGAAGCGACAUUAAAAACGACUUUAAGAUUGAUCCAGCUAUGAUCGAUGACCUGUUGGUAGACCUUCCGCAUGCCUUGAAAUUCUGCAUAGAGGUCGAAAAUAACAGCAAGCUCGAAGAUGUUACGAACUUCGACAGUGUGAAGUUGGAAAUUGAAGAUCGUUUAUUGGAGCUAAAAACUAAUAAUAGAAGAAACGAAUUUCCAUUAAUUUAUCACGUUGACGUGGCAUCGAUGUACCCAAAUAUCAUGAUAACCAAUCGAUUGCAACCAGACAGUGUAAAAAGUGACCGUGAUUGUGCAACCUGCGAUUUUAAUAGGCCCGGCAAAACAUGCGACAGAAACCUCCAGUGGGCAUGGAGAGGAGAAUACUUCCCUACCAAAAUGGACGAAUACAAUAUGGUGAAGAGGGCGCUGCAGAAUGAGACUUUCCAAAAUAAGAAUAAGAAAUCUCUGAAAAAGAUUCUUACCUUCGAUGAAUUGAGCUAUACUGAUCAGGUCGCGCACAUCAAGAAAAGGUUGACUGAAUAUUCAAAAAAAGUAUAUCACCGAGUCAAAUCGUCAGAAGUAGUAGAGAGGACCGCUAUCAUUUGUCAGCGCGAAAAUCCAUUUUAUGUCGACACGGUGCGGUCUUUUAGAGAUAGAAGAUACGAGUUCAAGGGUUUGGCCAAAACGUGGAAACAAAAACAUUCGGCAAUAAGUAAUGAGGAGAAGCACGAAAGAGACGAAGCAAAGAAAAUGAUAAUUUUGUAUGAUUCUCUGCAACUUGCUCAUAAAGUCAUUUUGAAUUCAUUUUACGGCUACGUGAUGAGAAAGGGUUCCAGAUGGUAUUCAAUGGAAAUGGCGGGCAUCACCUGCUUAACAGGCGCAACCAUUAUUCAAAUGGCAAGAUCAGUUGUAGAGAAAAUUGGCAGACCACUGGAGCUCGACACUGACGGUAUUUGGUGUAUCAUUCCUAAGUCAUUUCCAGACAAUUUCGAAUUCCAACUCAAAAAUGGUAAGAAAUUGUUUUUGUCCUAUCCUUGCUCCAUGUUGAAUUAUAAAGUCCAUGAACGUUUCACGAACCAUCAGUAUCAAAAUUUGAUUGAUCCAAUAACACACCGUUACGAGACACAGAGUGAUAACUCUAUUUUUUUUGAAGUUGACGGCCCUUACAAAGCCAUGGUUCUUCCAACAUCAAAAGAAGAAGGCAAGGGUAUCAAGAAGAGGUAUGCGGUUUUCAAUAAUGAUGGAUCCUUGGCCGAAUUGAAAGGUUUCGAACUAAAAAGAAGGGGUGAGUUGCAACUGAUAAAAAAUUUCCAAAGCGAUAUUUUCAAGGUCUUCUUGGAUGGAAAUUCCUUGGAGAGUUGCUAUGCCUCUGUCGCAUCUGUUGCAAAUCGCUGGUUAGAUGUAUUAGAUUCUAAAGGUGUCAUGUUAGAGGAUGAGGAUCUUAUUGAAUUGAUUUGCGAGAACAGAAGCAUGUCGAAAACGUUGAAAGAGUACGAGGGUCAAAAGUCCACUUCAAUUACAACCGCCAAAAGAUUAGGAGAGUUUCUUGGGGAGGAGAUGGUGAAGGAUAAGGGGUUACAGUGUAAAUACAUUAUCAGCUCCCGUCCUAUGAACACUCCAGUCACGGAGCGAGCAAUUCCUGUUGCUAUUUUUUCAGCGGAUUUGGCUUUAAAAAGAUCUUUUUUGAGGAGAUGGCUGGGAGACAGUUCUUUAGAAAAUUUUGAUCCUAGAGCUAUCAUAGAUUGGGAAUACUACAGAGAAAGAUUAGCUUCGGUAGUUCAAAAAAUCAUUUCGAUUCCAGCGGCACUGCAAGGAAUAAAGAAUCCUGUCCCGAGAGUAGACCACCCAGAUUGGUUAAAGAAAAAGAUUGCAAUAAGCGAGGAUAAGUUCAAGCAAACAUCAUUGAGCUCGUUUUUCAAAAAGUCAUUGGCAAAAAAUGCCAUCGCAGAUAUAGAAGAUGGAUUCAAUGAGCCGCCUAUUUCUCCAGCAAUUCCUAAGAAUGCUAGAGUAACAUCGAAGCGUAAAGUCAAAAGGAAAAAUAUAGAUUCAGACGUAGAAGAGUCUUUGGUACUUCCUAGCGAGAUGCCUUCGAUGACCGAGGACUACGUUGCAUGGCUUGCGUACCAAUCAAUCAAAUGGAAGAUUCAAGCUCGUAAUAGGGAAAGAAGAACUCAGCUUUUUGGUAACCGCGCGAAUACAACUCAAAGGAGCGCCCUAGGAAAGAUAAUGAGGAAGCACGCAGAAUCAUACGCAAAUUCAACAUGGGAGAUUCUAGAGUAUAGAGAGACUUUGGAGCCCGGAGUUUUAGACGUCUCUGUUCUUCUGGACCGUAAAAUCCAUAGGCUGAAAUUCAAAGUUCCUAAAACCCUAUUUGUUAACUUCAAGUCUAAAAUGUUGCCAGCCGCACGAGGAAUUGAAAACUGUAUAGUCGAAAAAUCGACGGCUGUGCUUCCCAACAACAAUAUUUUGAAGUGCGCGGAUCCCAGUCCUUUGUUCAAAAUAACGCUUCCCGAAGAAACUUACCUAGAAGAGCUUCAAAAGCCCACCAGUAUUCUUAACUGUGAUCAAGUUUUGGGUGUCUACGAGUCAUCAGUUACAUCAGCGGAAAGAGCUAUUAUGGAUCUAGGUGCUACGGUUGAGUUCAACUCUAGUGCCGUUGGUGCUUUAGGAAAAGGUUUACAAAAAGGGUUCGAGCUGAAAAACUUACAUUCCGUACCAUCGGAACGCUAUCUGGAUAAAUUUGAACUAGACGUGUGCUAUUUACUUCACCUAUCGAGCAACUUGGGUUACGAAUAUUUCGUUCUUUACAAAGCCUGGAGCUACGAAACAGAAAUUUUUGUCUUGAAGCCGUCUGCUACAGCUUUAGAAAUAACUACAAACUCCUUAAAGCAUACUUUCAAAGAAAUGCGCUCUCAGAAAGCUCAUAAACUUGAUAAGUUCUAUGACAUUAUUCAAUUUCCGGCGGAGCUUGACAUAAAGAUGCAAUUUUCAACAGAUCUCAGAACACUCUAUAGAAAGCUGUCCUCGUCUAUCAGCAAGAUGAACGAAGAUAAGGCUUCACAGGUUUUACUUCUUUUGCAAUCACCUUAUGCAUCGAAGAUCAGGCAAACGGUAAGGCCUCUUCGCCAGAUUGCAACAGUGGAAAUAUCUUUGCCAGAACUUGAGCUUCCUCCCUUAAACUGGCAAAAUACUGUAGUAAAGAAAAUUGUCAGCCAUGUCCUCUCUUUGGGUACGUGGUUACAAAACUUAAUAUCCUUAUCACGGUACGCAAACAUCCCAAUUUGCAAUAUUAAGCUUGACAAGAUGUCCUUUGUCAUAGAUGUUCUAUAUGCAAGACAGCUAAAGCAAAACAACAUAGUCCUUUGGUGGAACGAAGGCAAUCCGCUACCAGAUCUGGGAGGUAUAGAAAAGGACUUCAACCCUUAUAUGGCAUCGUUAAUGUGUGAUCAGGAAAUCCUUAUUACAAAUGUGCCAGCAGCUUAUGAUGAUGUUACACUUGAGAUAGAAAUGACCAAUUUGACAAUCAACACAGUUUUGACAUCCGCUGUCAUCAAUGAAGCAGAAGGAAGUGAUAUGGUGGACAUCGAGCUCUCUUCGAAUGGCGGCGAGAAAAAUUCCACAAGUGGUUUUGUUGAGGAUAGUUUUUCAAGUAUCUCAUUGACCGUUUUGAGGACACUUCUUAAAUCUCUUUGGGAUGACGCGUUGGCAGAAGAUGGAACAGCAGACUCUUUGGUUCAUACCUUCAUUCUUUGGGUACAAUCUCCAGACUCAAAGCUUUUUGAUUAUGCUUUGAAAUACCACGUUCACAACUUGACCAAGAAAGCCAUUUUGCAGCUUAUGAAUGUAUGCAGGGGCCUUGGGUCUGAAGUAGUUUAUGCCGACCGUGGUAAGCUCUUGUUGAAAACGAAGAAAACAACUGUUGAAAGCUGUUAUGCCUAUAGCCAGUAUUUGAUAAGAACUAUUAGAACGUCACCGUUGUUUGGCUUCUUAGAUUUAUCGAUCCACAGAUACUGGGACUUAUUGUUGUGGAUGGAUUCUUACAAUUUUGGCGGCAGAGCUUGUACUAGAAUUACCGAGAACGACACCCAGGAGUUGGAGGCCUAUUCCCAGUGGCACAUCAAGAAUUUCCUUCCCAAAAUUUAUCAGCAGGAAUUUGACGAUUGGAUGGUAAUCGUGCUGGAUAGCAUGAUUAAGGCGAAGCAGGAAUACCACGAGAAUAACAUGGAGUCGCAGCGAUUAACUCAACUCACUAAGAAAAUUAAUGACGGCGAUGGAGAAGAAGAGGGAGAUGGCUCACUAGCUGGGUUCACACAACGAUUUGGCCAACCUCUUGUGAAAAGAAUGCAAAAGCUUUUACGAACGCAAAGAGAAUACAUUCUUGACCCCAAGUUCAAUGAUGAGUAUAAAGCACCUGAUCUUCCAGGGUCACAUCUUAAGGCUUCCAACCCGCUACUGGAGCUAGUGAAAGAUCUCUGCCAUGUCAUGCUACUCGCCACGCGCCAAACAAUAGAGGUUCGCACGUUAAGAAAAGACCUUCUCAAAAUUUUCGAAGUUCGUGAAUUUGAUUGGAAGUCUGAGUUUAAGGAUCCUAGCUGGUCACUGAAAGUGAGUAAUUUGAACUGUGAAUAUUGCUCUUUCAUAUGUGAUCUCGACUUUUGCAAGAUUGACAGCAUCGCCUUUCUAAAUUGUUCGCAAUGCCAGAAGCCCUUCGAUUCAGUUCUUUUACAGGAACACCUGGUACAAGCGUUCCAAAUCGACCUACAGAGCUAUUAUGUCCAGGAUUUGAAGUGUACUAAAUGCGGAAGAGUUAAGGACGAUGCAAUGUCGUCACAUUGCCCCUGUUCUGGAAGCUGGAGAAACUCAAUUUCCCAAAAGUCACUUAUGGAAAAAAUCCACGUUUACCGAAAAGUCGCUCGCUACUUUAAAUUCGAUCUUCUCGAUUCUGCGGUCUCCGAGCUCAUAGCUACAGAGGACUAUUAG